AUUAAAACUGUUCAUGUGGCAUACGAAGGAGGAGAAGAAUCUUUGAAUUAAGUUAUUUUUGUUUUCUUUGCGCACAAAAAGUAUUCACAUAGCUUCGUAAUAUUGUGGUUGAACCACUGAUGACACAUGGACUGGGUCUGGGAACGUUUCUGUUUCCUUGUUGUCUAUGAGAGGGUCAGAGAGCGCUCGGAUUUCAUCACAAAUAUCUUAAUUUGUGUUCCGAAGAUGACCGCAGGUCUUACGGGUUUGGAACGACACGAGGCAGCCCGAUGAAACAUGAACUGGGGAUUCCUGGAGAGUGUGUUAAGCGGGGUAAACAAGUACUCGACUGUCGUCGGGCGGGUCUGGCUCUCCGUCCUCUUCGUGUUUCGCAUCCUGGUGUAUGUCGCCGCCGCCGAGCAGGUGUGGAAGGACGAGUUCAAAGACUUCGUCUGCAACACACAGCAGCCGGGCUGCGAGCAGGUCUGCUUCGACCACUUCUUCCCCAUCUCUCAAGUGCGGUUAUGGGCCAUUCAGCUGAUCAUGGUGUCCACCCCGUCGCUGCUGGUGGCUCUGCACGUGGCGUAUAGAGAGCACCGAGAGAGCAAGUACAAGAGGAAGCUGUACCAGGACAAAGGCAGCAUCGACGGAGGGCUGUUCUUCACCUACAUCAUGAGCCUCAUCCUCAAGACGUCCUUCGAGGUGGCCACUCUGCUGGCUUUCUACUUCCUGUACAGCGGCUUCCAUGUUCCCCGCUUGCUCCGGUGCGAGGAGAGCCCCUGUCCCAACACGGUGGACUGCUACAUCGCAAAAGCCACCGAGAAGAAAGUCUUCCUCUAUAUCAUGGGCUGUACAUCUAUACUGUGCAUUGCCCUGAAUGUGGUGGAGAUGAUGUAUAUCAUAUCGAAGCAGUGCUGGAAGUGCUUCAGUAAGAGGUAUGCUCCCGUGCACGAACGAGGGCCUCCAUCCACACUCACUCUCGGCUCUCCGCCGCCGCUAGCCAUGUCCAAACAGGAAGGGCUUCAUUCUGCACCGGCUGGAAAAGAAAGCCCAAAGCUUGCUGCUGCAUGAGCGCUUGGGCUUUUUUCCAUGCAUGCUAGACCAGUUCUUCUCCACUGAUGGUUCGCAGACAGCAAGGAAGAACGAGAUCAAAUGCAAAUAACAAGCUACAGUCACGUAAAGCUACGUUAGCAUAACAAACAUAAGAAUGAACUUUCAAAAGGGGAAGAGAAAACACUUCUCAUAUCUUUUGUUGUACUGUAUUCAGGGCAGGAAUUCUUGCUGUUUGAGUAGCAUCUAGUCAAGUUAGACGUCAGCAUGCCCUCAUACUCACAAACCAUCAACAAAACUACACAAGAUUACGAAAUGCAGCCCAGAUGACAUCAAAUACAGGUUCAUUUGGAACGAGGAAAUGUUUGUCGACCACCGUAUGUCUUGUGUGGAGAACAUUAAACUACUGACUAUUAUCAACUAUUGAAACCAAACCUGUCAAUUUUAUUAUUAAGACUGUCAUGUUGAUCAUUUAGCAUAUUGUUGGGCCUGCAAAGUUUAUGGUCAUAUUAAUACAUUUAGUUUUGUAUGAUAAAUAAUUGUGGUACUAUCCAAUUAGAGAACCAGAUGAGAACCACUUGGUUUAACUGUACGGACCCACUUUAUAUCAAGUGUCUUUAACUGCUAUAUACUUAAAUUAAUAAUUUGAUACAAUGCACUUAUUGUGCACAUACAAGUUUGUAUAUCGCACUUACAUUAAAAAUAACUUUCUGUAGAUACAUCUUUAAUUACACUACUGACCCUUAAAUCUAAUCAUGCCUCUAACCUUAACCAUAUCCCACCUCAAUAGCAUCUAAAGUGAUUUGCAAUACAAUGAACGUAAGUACAUUGUACCAAACUAUUCAUUACUUUAGAUGCAAGUACACAGUAGUUAAAAUACCUAAUAUAAAGUGGAACCAGCUGUACACUUAUGAGGACUGUUGCUUUUACAUGUUGAAAAUAAAUAACCUUGUCAGAUAAUCAUGGUGGAUCACUGUUAUUCAAAAUUACGUGGCUUGAGAACAGAAAGAAAAACUAAAUGACUCUGCAACUUUAAAAGCACCUACCACUAU